UCAGACAGGAUUCCUGUCAUUUCAACAGGUGAACACACCUCUGCUGUCAGAGGGGGCGGAGCCUCAGGUGGAUCCGGUUCAGGUUCUGGAGAAUCAGGUCCAGUUCUCCUGUUCGCUCCGACUCGGUUUGUGUGAACAGAAGGAGAAGCAAAAAUCUGAUCAGGUAAAAGAUGGCGCAGCAGCAGGAAGUGGAUUUCGAAAAAAAACUUUUCAAGGUUCGCCCUGAGUUUGUGAAGAGAGUUUCUGAGGAAAACUUGAUUCAGCUCCUCGAUGGCCUUGAAACAGAUGGUGUCUUUAAUCUUUUGGAGAAACGGGCAAAACUUGAAGAGAAUCAAAGCACAGCGAACAAGGCCCGGGAUACCAUCGAUGCUGUGAGGAUGAAAGGACAGACAGCCAGUGAAAUGAUGAUCAAACGUCUUCAUCACAUAGAUCCGACUCUGUCCAACCAGCUGGGUUUGUCCUCUGACUCCUCUGCUAAAGAUAUUGAUAUUCAAUGUCAGCAUGACCUCAAAGAGCAUCUGAAGAUGAAGUUCCACAGUCUCUCUGAAGGUGUCGCUGAACAUGGAAAUCAAACCGAUCUGAACCAGAUCUACACAGAGCUCCACAUCACAGAGGGGUUAACUACAGAGGUCAACCAGGAACAUGAAGUUAGACGCAUUGAAACAACAUCCAAUAAACAAGAAACAAUCAGAAGAGAAGAAAUCUUCAAACCUGGAAGAGAUCAACCGAUCAGAACAGUGAUGACCAUGGGAGUGGCUGGCAUUGGGAAAACACUGUUAACACAGAAGUUCACUCUGGACUGGGCUGAAGGCAGAACCAACCAGAACAUCCAGUUCAUAUUUCCAUUCACUUUCAGAGAGCUGAAUAUGUUGAAAGAAGAAACCAGCUUGGUGGGACUCAUUCAUGACCACUUCACUAAAACCAGAGGAAUCAGCAACUUUGAACAGUUCCAGGUUCUGUUCAUCUUUGAUGGUCUGGAUGAAAGUCGACUUCCUCUGGACUUCAACAACAAUCAGAUCCUGACUGACAUUAAUAAGUCCACCUCACUAGAUAUUUUGCUGACAAACCUCAUCAGGAGGAAACUGCUUCCCUCUGCUCACCUCUGGAUAACCACACGACCUGCAGCAGCCAAUCAGAUCCCUGCUGAGUGCGUUAACAUGGUAACAGAAGUCAGAGGGUUCACUGACCCCCAGAAGGAGGAGUACUUCAGGAAGAGAUUCAUAAAUGAUGAUGAUAAGGCAAGCAGCAUCAUCUCCCACAUCCAGAAAUCAAAAAGUCUCCACAUCAUGUGUCACAUCCCAGUUUUCUGCUGGAUCACUGCUAAAGUUCUGGAGGAUGUGAUGAAGACCAGAGAGGAAGGAGAGCUGCCCAAGACCCUGACUGAGAUGUACAUCAAGUUCUUGUUGGUUCAGACCAAAAUUAAGGAGAAAAAGUAUGAUGGAGGAUCAAAGACAAAAUCAAUCUGGAGUCCAGAGAACAGGAAGCUGAUUGAGUCUCUAGGUAGUCUGGCUUUUGAUCAGCUGCUGAAGGGAAACCUGAUCUUCUAUGACAAAGACCUCAAACAGUGUGGCAUCGACAUCAAAGAUGCUGCGUUGUACUCAGGAGUUUUCACUGAGAUGUUUAAAAAGGAAAGAGGCAUGGGCAACAUCUCCGUCUACUCCUUUGUUCAUCUGAGCAUCCAGGAGUUUCUGGCUGCCGUCUACAUGCUCCACUGCUUCACCAGCAGGAGGUCAGAGGUCAUCAAGACGUUCCUGGGAGAAGAAUACAAUGAAACAUCUCUAGAUGAGUUCAUGAAGAAAGUCAUGGAGAAAUCCCUCAGCAGUAAAAAUGGCCACCUGGACCUGUUUGUCCGCUUCCUUCAUGGUCUCACUGUCGAGUUCAACCAGAGACUCUUAGGAGGCCUGCUGGGUCAGACAGAGAACAGUCCAGAAACCAUCCAGAGAAUCAUCAACAAUCUGAAGAAGAUGAACUCUGAUGAAAUCUCUCCUGACAGAAGCAUCAACAUCUUCCACUGUCUGGUGGAGAUGAACGACCUCUCAGUGUUUCAGGAGAUCCAGCAGCUCCUGGAAUCAGGGAAUAAACUGUCAGUGAUCCAGUGUUCAACUCUGGCCUUCAUGCUGCAGAUGUCAGAGGUUCUGGAUGAGUUGGACCUGGAGAAGUACAACACAUCAGAAUCAGGACGACUGAGACUGGUUCCAGCUGUGAGGAACUGCAGAAAGGCUCGACUUGGUAGCUGUUUGAUCCGAAAGGCUGAAUGUGAAGUUUUGGCUUCAGCUCUGAAGUCCAACCCAGAUCUGACUGAACUGGAAAUCAGUGAGAUGAACAUAUAUAAAGCUGGAGACUCUGAUAUGAAGAAUCUGUUUGAGAUCCUGGAGAGUUCAGUCAGUAAAGUGGAGAAACUGGGAUUGAAGUUCUGCAGUUUGUCAGAGACCAGCUGGACGUCUCUGUUCUCAGCUCUGAAGUCCAACCCGACCCAUCUGACAGAACUGGACCUGAUCGGAACCAACCUGGAAGGUUCUGGACUGAAGGAGCUCUGUGGUUUUCUACAGACUGAAGGCUGCAGACUGAAAACAUUGAGAUUGAACAGCUGCAGUUUGUCAGAGACCAGCUGGACGUCUCUGUUCUCAGCUCUGAAGUCCAAACCGACCCAUCUGACAGAACUGGACCUGAGCUUCACCAAACUGGAAGGUUCUGGACUGAAGGAGCUCUGUGGUUUUCUACAGACUAAAGGCUGCAGCCUGAAUUAUUUGGGAUUGCAGAUCUGCAGUUUGUCAAAGACCAGCGGGACGUCUCUGUUCUCAGCUCUGAAGUCCAACCCGACCCAUCUGACAGAACUGGACCUGAGCGGGACCCACCUGAUAGAUUUCGUAGUGGAGGAGCUCUGUGGUUUUCUACAGACUCGUGAAUCCAGUCUGGAGAUAUUGAGGUAUAUAAUUAUUGAUAUUUCAGUGAAUAAUUAUCUAUAAUUGAUCAUAAAUCAAAGUUCAUU